AUGGAUCGAGACAUCGGAAGAACAGUAUUCAGAAUUAAAGGUUCUGUGCCAUCAAAUAACUAUAUUUCCUUUCCAUCAUCUAUUCCUAAAAAUAAGGGUGAUGUGCUUGGUUUAAUUGGUCAAUUUUGUUACGUAGAGUUGAGAGCUAAUAGGGAUGUAUUUGUAUUUCAUGUUGAGAUUAUGACUAAGGAUGAAUUAACCUUUAGAUUUUCUUUCGGAAACAUUUCCAAACAAUUCAAAAAAACUCAUAAUUCAAUUUUCAUACCCGUUGAUUAUCUGUCCGAGAGUUGGACUGUGCUUGCCAUAGAUUUUAAAGCUCUUGUUCAGACACACCUAGAUAAAGUAUUCAAAUGUAUUAGAGGCAUAAUUACUUGUUCAAACCUGUCAUUGAAGAAUGUAUACACAAGUGACAAUAUCUAUUCUACGGACACACUUACUAAAGACAUGUUUCUUCCAGUUCCAAAAGGAAGUAGUUGGACUGAUCUUUAUGAAUGGCAUUGGAUUCCAUCAGAACCAACAAAUAUCAAAUUAGCAUGUAUUAUUGACCCUCAAACUCUUAAAAAGCCUUCAACUAGUUUUAAUACAAGUAGGACUUCAUCAAUUGGAUCCGCCAACUCUAGACGAUCAAAAAUUACUGGUGUUUCUAAUAAGAGUAUGCUGACACCUUCUCCAAUUUUGGAUAUCAAACGUUUUAUUGGAUACAAUUGUUACUAUAAUUCCAACUUGUGUUGGACUUUGGAUUCAAAUUACUGUAUUUUCCCAAGUGGCUCAUCAAUUAUCAAAAUGGAAGUAGCUACAGGAACCCAAACUGCUUUUCAAGGUCAUACCCAAUCCAUCACCUCUAUUUGUACAGAUUACAAAUGUAGUAUUAUAGCAAGUAUUCAGAAUAAUAUUCCUCUGAUUAGGUUAUGGGAUAUCGAAUCUGGGAGAUGUUUAUCUGUUUUAAAAGGUCAAGAGACUGAAAUUAGUUGUGUUUGCAUAUCUGAUAGUGGGAAUGUAAUGGUAACAAUUGGAAAAGAUAAAUCUCUAAAGACUCAGUUUAUUAUUUGGGAUAUUUCAAAUAUUAGAGAUUCUGGUGAAGAUGUUCCUAUUAUUUCUAAAUAUGUAUGCGAUUAUUCAGUUCAAAAGGUCAAAUUUGCUCCCAAUGAAGAAACUAAAUUUGUUACUUGUGGAAUGGAAAAUAUUAGAUUGUGGAGAUUGAAAGGUGGAAUAGUUAGAGGUUGUUCACUCUCUCUGGAAAACUAUAGUCUAACAAAACAAAACUUUCUUGAUAUUGCUUUCGAAAAGGCAUUUCUUUCUCCUCAUUUAGGAGACAAAGACCACAGAUUCUACUUAGGAACCGAAUCAGGUGCUAUUUAUCAAGUAAAUUAUAAUAAGAGAAUAAUAGAGUGUGUAUUCCAACUUCAUAACAGUGCAAUCAAUACUCUCUACAUUAAUGAAGGAAUUUGUAUUACAGGAUCUGCUGAUAAGUUUGUUAGAGUUUGGCCCCUAGAUUUCUCUGAUUUUUUCAUAGAGGCUGAAUUGGAAAACUCUGUCACCAGUGUUGUGACAUCUAAGGAUGGAUUCAAAGCUCUUAUAGGAGACUCAAAUGGAUCUAUUGGAAUUUUGGAAAUAAGUACUCAGAUCUACAGAUCAGUACUACGAUCUCACACAAAAACUGUUUUGGACGUAGUUAGUGAUCCUAGUAGAAUGGAGUUUGCUUCUGUGUCUCUUGAUAGAACAAUCAGAAUUUGGGAUCUUACAACUUUAAAUCAAAAAUAUCAAUUCGAUAUUGACGGAGAGAGCCCAAUUUGUGUGGACUACCACAAGACAGAGUACAUGAUAGCAUGUGGAUUCGAGUCUGGUAUUGUAAGAAUCUUUGAAGUCAACACAACCCAAGUUCUCGAAGAGUACAAGGCACACUUGUCUGAUGUAUUGGCCAUAGCAUACACAUUUGAUUCCAAGUGGCUAAUCACCUCUUCCAAAGAAUCUAUUUGUAUCUCAGAUACCAAACACAUGUACCAACCCGUCAAGGUUAUUCCCUACACAUGUGAAUGCAAAAGGGUGUGUUUAUCAUUGAGCAGAGAUGGAAGAUUCUUUGCAUUUAUUGGACCAAAUAGAAAUAUUAUACAUGUGUACAGCUGUAAAGACUUUGAAGAAGUUUAUAUUUUCGAAACUCCAACCGACUUGUUCGAAGGAAUAGUCUUUUCCUCUGAUUCUAAGGAAAUAAUUGCAUCCACUUCAGACAACAAGCUAAUGGCCAUUUGUUUGGAAAAAGGAGAAAUUAUUUCAGAAACUGAAUAUUCAAGUAAAAACUAUGCUGUAACACUAGACACAAGUCAAAAUGGAAAAUAUUUAGUUACUGGAGGUGACGAUAAAUUAAUAAGGGUCUGGAACUCGAAAGACUUGGCCAACUUUAGCUGUCAAAAAUUUGUUGGUCAUUCUGGAGAAAUUAAGAAGGUUCUUUUCAGUUCAGAUUAUGGUCAUGUCAUUAGUUGCGGAGAUAAUGGUAUAAUUGUUUGGAACUUCUUAGGAGACAAAUCAAGAGAUAUUAAUCUAAUGAUCGAAACACACUUGGAAAGAAAGAUGAUGGAAAAGAAAAAAAAGGAAGAUUUUGAAGUUGAUGAUUUACCAAAUAGAUAUAAUGAUCUUUUCUCUAAAGCUUUAGAGGAAAAGAUGAGACAUGAUAUUGAGACACUUAAAGAUGAUCCUGCUGUUAAGGAAGAUCCAAAAGAGGAUCCUAAAACAACCACUUUACCGUCAAAUGAACAUAAUAAGAAUAUCAUUACACCAUUCAGACAAUAUAAGCUAAAUAGACCUAUCUCAAGAGUAACUGUGCGCGACAGAAAUAUGCCCACUGAAAACCCCUGCCUUAAAUUAGGAAGAAUUACUGGAUAUAAUGGAAAUGCCAGAGAGAACUUGAUUUGGGAUGAACCAAACAAACGUUUGAUUUACACAUCUGGAAAUGUUAUUAUUAUUGAAGAUAUCUUGACCAGACACCAACAAUAUCUUUUCGGUCAUGAACAUGAAAUUAAUGCACUAGCAAUCCACCCAAACGGAAAAAUAUUGGCAUCGUGUGGUGGGGUAAAAGGAAUUACAAUGGAUUCACCAAUUUUGUUUUGGAGUCUGGAAACAAACUCUGCUUUCAAGAAAUUAGAUUACCACAGAUGGGGUGUUUUGGCAAUGGACUUUUCUUAUGACGGAAAGUAUUUUGUUAGUGUUGGCGUCAAUGAAUAUGAUGAGAAAAACGUACUGGCUGUAUGGUCUGUAGAAACUGGAAAAAUGAUUGUUAAUGCUAUGGUUUCAGAGAUAAUCCAUGCUGUAAAAUGGUUUCCAACCUCUCCUUCAUCAGAGUUUAUUACCACAGGCAAAAAUUCCAUCAUUUUUUGGUAUUUGAAUCCAGAAGGGCAAUUGCUAAUGUCUCCAGCUAAGGUUGAUGAAACAUAUGUGAUAAGUGGAAAUAGAGAUGGAGAAACUAUUACUCACUAUUCUUGCAUUGGAUUUAGUGAAGACUAUAGAAGUGCUUGGGUUGGCUCAACACAAGGCUCAAUUUAUUGUUUUAAUAUUGAGACAAAUGAACUCGAGUUCAAGUGGGUGGAUGCUCACGAUUCUGAGGUAGAUUAUGUUUAUUGGAGGAAAAACACUGUUAUCACAGCAGGAACAGACUGCCAAAUCAAGAGGUGGAAGGUUAGCAAAAAAGACAAAAUCUAUACCAUGAUACUCAGGGAGCAAAUGGAAGUUGAUACACCAAUUACUUCUGCUUAUUUUGAUAAUGACAAGUGUAAUCAAGGAGUAGUUGGAACGGCAUCUGGAACUAUUUGGUAUAUUAAUUGGGAGCAGCAACAGUGCAUUAGAUUGAUCAGUUGCCAUUCAAAUUUUGUUACAGGAAUUGUAAAGGUUAAUGACUAUCUUACUUCAUGCUCUCAUGAUGGUUCUCUACGUAUUUGGUCCAGAGUUGAUGAAAAUCAAGUAGUAUCCUAUAACCAAAUUCUUGAACUAAAGAGAGGAGAGACUAAUCCCACCCCUGCACUCUGUAUGUGUAACAGUACAACUAGUAACCUUGUAGCAGUAGGAUUUUUGGAUGGAUCGAUCUAUAUUAAUUAUCUUAAUGAUCUCGAAAAUGUUUUAAAGAACAAGAUAAGACCUCAUGAAGAAGCAAUAACAUGUAUAGCUCUAACACCAAGCAACAGAAUCAUCACAGGAAGUGCAGGUGGUUUAAUUACUAUUGUUGAUAAUUUAGUUAAUAUUUCAGAAGAUACCUCACUGGCACCUACAGAAUUUUUGGAAAAUAGAUUUGUAUUUAUCAAGGAGUUUUUAGGUCACAGAUUAUGUUCUCUUGAUUAUGAUGCUAAAUCAAGACGAUUUGUAAAUACAACUGCCACAGGCCUCGUGUCUGUUUGGAAUGAGAAUGACUUGUCUCAAGUUGCCAAGUUUGCCCCACAUAUUUAUACCAGAAAGGUUGCAGAAAAGGAAAAGUAUGAAGUGGAUAUCAUUGCCAAAUUCUCUCCUUUUGAUUCAGAUUUAUUAUUGAUUACUGCUCCUUCUAAAGGUACCCCCAAGAUUGAGUUUUACAAUUAUAAGAGGGAAUAUUGUGUUAAAGUUGUCGACUUGAAUAGAUUUGUCAGUUGUUUUGCUGUGUCUGUAAAACACAAAUUAAUUGCAUUUGGUUCUAGAGAAAGAAUGGUAGCUAUAAUGGACUAUGAUAGUGGUGAGUUUGAAGAAUAUGAAGCUCAUGGAGAUUGUGUUAAAUCUAUCAUGUUCGAUGAUACUACCGAUCAAGUCUUAUCCUCUGGGUUUUCUGAUUUGGUUGUGUGGAAAGUCGGCUCAUCAAGACCAUCAGGUAAAAAUAUCAACACAACAAACUAA